CCUGCACCACCUGCAACGAGACCUGGGAGUAGCCCGCUGCAUCUAGAACUUCUUGACUGGACGCGGGUGACCAGGGCAUUGAUCAUGGCAGACAGACUUGGAUCUGGCAGCCGUGCUGCACCUGCAAUUGUCCCAGUCUUGGUCGACGCAGAGCCACCUCCACCUCCGAUACGCCCUGCAUCUCCUCAGCCAAUCCUCCAAACUUUACUCUUCCAUCCGGGCAAUUGGGCAGAGUUCCGCUACAAUCUCUACGGUCACCAGGUUCGUCUUUUGCAAGUUUCUCUUGUUUUUGAGUCUGGCGGAAGACAGGAGCGCUGAUCCAGAAAUCUGCCAUAGUAUGACAUUCUUCAGUCGCGUCAAGAAACAAUGGCCCACGCAUUACAGAUUAUUGCCAUGAACCAACAGACCAUGAUCUCCCACAUGACAUCUGAGCUGCAAGAGUUGAAAGCCAUGUUUGUACCGUGGUACCUUCACAUAUCAUGGCACAGGCUAACUUGCCUUUCAGAGUCUCUCGCGGCACUCCUUUGGAGCGAAUUGAGCACCAGGAAUUCGGCUUACCCGCCUCGUUGGCCCCAGCUGGUCCCCUCAGUACCGCUGAGAAGCGCGAAGCAUCCAUGAUCUCGCAAGCCGCUUCAACGGACGCGAUUGAUGUCUUCCAACCUCCUGAUAUUGCCGAUGAGGUGGGAACCAAACGUAUCAAAGUCGAAGCAGAUGAAGCCAGGCCAAUCAAACAGAAGACGAAGAGAAUAAACAAUCAGACCUGGGUGGAGCUAGGACCUGCACUAAUGAGCUUGAGUCAAAAGUACGAGGACGAAGGAAAAGUUUCUGGCGAGCUGAGAAUGAUUAAGACUCGUAGUGGCAAGAUUGCCGUAAAAUCAGAGGCAUGGAAAGUAUAUAUUCUCUCCAAGGCUCCUGAAGGCUCAAGUCUGCGCAACAAAGUUCAAGGAUGGUCUUUGAGUGAGUGGGAAGAAUACUAUUUGAAAUGUAGUAAUUCUAUGAAUCCCCGAAAGCCGAGGCAGAAGAAAGAGGUGAAAGACGCAGGUAAGUCAGAUUACUGAUAUAAUUGCUAUCAUCCUAUUCCCGACUUCGCUUCGAUAUCAGGGUGGUACACGAGCUGACUCAGAAUUCCCGAAUCAGAGCCACCGGCAGACAAGAGCAAGAACGAGAACGAGAACGAGAAAGAGAAAGAGAAAAACGAAGACGUGCAAAACGAAGACCCGAAGAAAGUGGUCAGCGGAAGCGGGAAUGGCAGGAUGGAAGCGGUCGAGGUAUCUGUUGGCUGAAACAAUGAGCAUGGUUCUAGAUUACACACUGGCAUGAAUAUGGUUUGCGAGAAUAGACGAAUAUGGGGGAAUGAAAAUAGCAGAUGAAGAUUUGAGGGACAUAGAAAGAUAUUUAAGGGCUUGGCGCUUGCCAGCAAAUGAAGAUAAUGAACAUAAAAGACUAUAGCAUGCACAGCGCUUAGGGAGGAAUUAGGUGUAGG